UCUACUGCCCGGUGUGAGACCAUGCAACUCACCCUGCUGUGUGUGCUGCUGGUGAUGGCUGGCGUGACUCCAACCCAAGGUGGGCUCCUGAACCUGAGAAAGAUGGUCAAACAAGUGACGGGGAAGUCACCUUUCCUCUACUACUGGCCGUACGCCUGUCACUGUGGAUUGGGUGGCAAAGGCCAGCCCAAAGACGCCACGGACUGGUGCUGCCAGAAACACGAUUGCUGCUACGCCCACCUGACGACCCACAAGUGCAGGAUCCUGACGGACAGUUACAAGUUCACUUUUUCCCAGGGGGAAGUCCAGUGUUCUGACAAGGGAAGCUGGUGUGAGCAGCAGCUGUGUGCCUGUGACAAGGAGGUAGCCUUGUGCCUGAAGCGCAACCUGGACACCUACCAAAAGCGCCUUCGUUACUACUGGAGGCCCCACUGCCAGGGUGAGAAACCGACGUGCUAAUGGAGGCUCGCCCUGUGCGGCCCACAAGCCCAUGCAUCUGGAGCUUCAGGAAGUCCUGCAGGAUUGCUGACCCGCGGCGAGCAGUAUCUAACCAUCUGGACCAGCCUGCAACCCUCAGUUUUGGCUUGGCCAUGCCUCAUGCUUGCUUUCCCCAUCUUCCUGCUGUCUCCUCUGAGGGGGGUGGGGGGCACCCAGGUCCUUUGUGAAAGUCAAGGCCGGGGACUCUGCUGGGGGGUAGUGUUUGAGCCAAAGCAGCCGGGUAGGGGGAGAGAUGGCAGGUUCUGUAGUGUGAGGCUGGUUUCUGCCAGUUACCCUGUUGGCCUCCGAGCCUGCCUCAUGUCCACCAGUGCACUCACUAAGCUGUGGCCAAUUGGUUGCUAGAUAGAGCCCUUCUGAGGUCUCAGUCCACUCCACAUGUGUCUUAAAUUCCCGAAGUCCACCCCUCCGCCCAACCAAGAGCUUCCCUAGCCCAGAGCCCCUUGCAAGUAUCAGCAGCCCAACUGAGGUUCAGUAAACUGAAUGAAGGAUCAAGGGAAAGUGGAAGGUGCCAAGGCCUGGGUGGCUCAUGGAACCUCCUGAGGAAUGGCCCCUUCUAGCUCCUCAGCAUGGAAGGGUAACUUGCUAGGAGACCAUCUGUCCUGGCUUGCCCUCCUUCUCCUCUCCCCGCUCCUCCCCCUGCUCCAAGGGCUCCUCCCUGCAGGUUCCCUAGCAGUUCCCAGGGAUGCCAUUUACUGUGCUUUCCUGUGAUGAAUGAGAAAUGGAAUUUUUCCCACCUCCUUCACCCAGGCUGCAACUCCAGCUAGAGGCUGGAGACCAGCUCUGAUUCAUCUCUGUUUCUUCUGUUUCCCACAUACUAGACACUCAAUUAACGCUGUGGAUCAGAUGAGCCCACAGUGCAUAGAUAUAGAUAACGAGACAGAUAAGGAUUUGAGCAGAUGUUGGUGGUCCACCCAGGUCCCCUCCGGACUCAGGAGUCCCUUCCCCCAGCCAAGUUCCGAUCUGACUCCUCUUACGGAUUGCUCAGAUCUCCUGAGGGCUGCCUUGUCCCUCCUCCACUCCCACAGCCACUCCCACCCUCUGGAGGCCACCUGUGACCCGUGGCACAACACUACACCCAAGGCUUGGCCUGCGUGCUGGACUUCUGGGUGGUGCAGUGGCCCAAUUCCUCCUGGGAUCGGGGUGGUAGGAUGCUCAGAUACUCUGGAACCACCUCUGGGCUCCAGCACAUCCCUGGCCUGGCCUGUUUUCCUGGUUCCCUCACUGGUUCAUCCAGACAUUCUCCCUCAAUAAAGCAAUUGUGCAAGAAACCUCAUCUCAGCCUCUGC